AUGAUUACGUCUCUCUUAUUGAUAAAUUUACUAAUUUGGCCAACUGUAGAUAUCACAUUAAUAAAAUCAGCAAUUUUGAAAAGAAAAACUAAGGUACAAGAAAGCGAGAAUAAUCAGACAUCUAAUGAACCGCAGUUCGACUGUUUAUUGGAAUUACAAAAUGAGUUACGCAAUCUUUAUUUAACUGACAAUGUUCAAUCCGAGAAACUAACUCGUAUAAAAUUAGAGAAUUCUCCAUACUUCAGUACACAGCAAACAUGUCAAGAAAUCUGUGACAAACUACCAGUAAUACCAGUAAACAUGUCUCAUGAAUACACUCCAAUCGGUAAUCUUUCUGUUUCUAAAGAAUUGGUAACAGACUUGUAUAAAGUGAUCAGUUUAAGCAAACCACAUAUAAAAGGUGGCGGUUGGACAUAUAAAACAUCUGAUAAAUGUAAAAAUAAUGCUGGAAAAUAUAAUCAAACUGGCGUAGCUAUAGUUAUAGCAUUUCGUGAUAGAUGGGCUCAACUAACAAGUGUGCUAUCAACACUAAUACCUAUGUUACGCCGUCAAAGAUUAUGUUACCGAAUAUUUGUUAUUGAAGAAGCUGGAAAUGAUUUAUUUAAUCGAGGUAUGAUUUUCAAUGUUGGUUUCAUGGAAGCUAUGAAUAGAUUUCAUUUUGAUUGUGUUAUUUUUCAUGAUGCUGACUUAGCUCCAAUAAAUGACUUGAAUCCUUAUGGAUGUGAUAAACAAACAUUCAUACAACCAAUUCAUCUUGGUGUUGGUUUAGAUAUUAGAAAUUUUCGUUUAAAUUAUCCAGAACUUAUUGGUGGUGUAUUGAAAAUGUCAAAUAAACAUUUUGUACAAGUAAAUGGACAUUCUAAUCUAUACUGGGGUUGGGGACAAGAAGAUGAUGAUUUAGAAAGACGAUUAAAAUAUGAAAAAAUUAAUUAUUAUCAAAUGUCUCCAAGUAUUGCACGUUAUAAGGCAUUACCUCAUGAAACACAAAAUAAAGAAGGGAAUCCACGAAAAAUUCAUUUAAAACUUUUAUCUACAGCUGUACAACGAAUGCAUCAUGAUGGACUAUCUUCAUUAAAUUAUAAAGUAUUAAAGAUUACUGAACAUCAACUAUUUACACAUAUAUUAGUUGAUUUAGGUAAUCAACCAAAAUUUUAUAAUUGUAAUUAA